AUGAACAAACUCUUGUUCUUACGUAUCGUUGAACGACUUUCUGCUGAAGUUCCAUACUUUCGACAACGACAAGAUGCUACUGGAAGGUUCGGUCUCUCUGCACUACAAAAAGCUACAGCAGCAAUUCGUAUGAUGGCAUAUGGUUGUGCAGCUGAUGCAUAUGACGAAUACCUCCGGCUUGCUGAAAGCACUGCGAUGUUAUGCUUGGAACAGUUCGUUGAAGGAGUUAUUAAUUUAUUUGGAGAUGAGUACCUCCGAAGACCCACAGUAGAAGAUCUUCAACGACUACUCGCUCUUGGAGAGUGGCGCGGAUUUCCCGGGAUGAUAGGCAGCAUAGAUUGUAUGCAUUGGGAGAGGAAGAAUUGCCCGACCGCAUGGAAAGGUACAUUAAACGAUAUCAAUGUCCUCGAUCGCUCACCAGUUUUUGAUGACAUAUUACAUGGUAUAGCUCCUAAAGUGAAAUACUUUGUCAAUGGACAAGCAUAUCAUAUGGCUUACUAUCUCACAGAUGGUAUUUAUCCAAAUUGGGCGACUUUUAUCCAAUCAAUUUCACACCCACAAGAUCCGAAAGAAUCCUUAUUUGCUACAUGUCAAGAAGCCACACGUAAAGAUGUCGAGCGUGCUUUUGGCGUUUUGCAAGCUCGAUUUGCCAUAGUCAGAAAUCCAGCUCUUUUUUUGAGUAAGGAAAAAAUUGGAAAGAUAAUGAGAGCAUGUAUCAUACUGCACAAUAUGAUAGUAGAAGACGAACGAGAUUUGUCCACUCAAUUUGAUGAAGCAACAUUCACACGAGCAGAUCCAAGCAGAACUUCACAAGUGGAUCUCUCAUAUUCUACAGAUAUACCUUCAAAUCUCACUAACAUAAUGAGCAGAAGAAAAGACGUUCGUGAUCCAGACGUACAUCGAAGAUUGAAAGCUGAUUUGGUUGAGAAUAUAUGGCAAAAAUUCGGAACCAAUUAA